CCUGGCGCCGCCUCGGCUUCAAGCGCAGCCACCGCCCCCCAAGAUGGAGCCUCCUCCGCUUCCAGUCGGUCCGCCGAUUUCUCCCACCGCUUCCGCGCCAGCUUCUCAGGCGCCCGGCAGGUCUUUGACCCCAUCGAGGACGCGAGUGACGACGAGGACGACCACGCCGCCACUGACUGUGACAACGACCAGAAGGGGGGGGUCGGCGAUGAGGCCAACCACGACGACAGCGCCAAGCGUGACGCCGAUAGUCAGAAGCCUGGCGAUCAGAUCAGUGAGGGAGAUGGCUUCAACGAUAAGGGCGUAGAUUCGG